AUUUUUUGUCUGUUCUCAGUGUCCGUGAUACCGGAAAAUUUCGUUGAAUCAUGGGUUUCAAGUUUUUGGAAAUGAUCAAACCCUUCUGUGGGAUCCUUCCGGAGAUUGCCAAACCACAACGAGAGAUUCCGCUUUUUGGCAUAAUGAGCUCCGACUCUGCGGAUCCGUUUUACUGGAUUCGUGUUAUUUUGGCUUCGAAUCGUGGCACUUUGAUGGAACUUGGAAUAUCCCCGAUCGUUACGUCCGGUCUUAUCAUGCAGCUUCUUGCUGGAACGAAAAUCAUUGAAGUUGGCGAUACUCCGAAGGACAGGGCUUUGUUCAGCGGCGCCCAAAAAUUAUUCGGGAUGAUCAUCACUGUGGGACAAGCCAUUGUGUACGUGAUGACAGGAAUGUACGGAGACCCCGCGGAAAUCGGUGCUGGAGUGUGUCUCCUGAUCGUCAUUCAGCUCUUCGUCGCCGGUCUGAUAGUUUUGCUUCUAGAUGAACUUCUACAGAAAGGAUAUGGCCUGGGAUCCGGAAUUUCUCUUUUCAUUGCCACGAAUAUUUGCGAAACGAUUGUGUGGAAGGCGUUUAGCCCAGCCACGGUCAACACUGGUCGUGGCACGGAAUUUGAAGGGGCAAUCAUAGCUUUGUUCCACCUUCUGGCCAUGAGGCAAGACAAGGUUCGAGCACUGAGGGAAGCCUUUUACCGCCCCAACCUGCCGAAUUUGAUGAACAUUAUUGCGACAGUUCUCGUGUUCGCCAUCGUGAUUUAUUUCCAGGGCUUCCGUGUCGACUUGCCGAUUAAAUCGGCUCGAAACCGUGGACAACAAAGCAGUUACCCGAUCAAGCUUUUCUACACGUCGAAUAUCCCUAUAAUCUUGCAGUCGGCGCUGGUGUCGAAUAUGUACAUUAUUUCUCAGAUGUUGUCAGUGAAAUUCUCCGGGAAUUUCUUCGUCAAUAUCUUGGGAGUUUGGGCUGAUGUUGGCAGUGGAGGACCCGCAAGGUCUUACCCCAUUGGAGGACUAUGUUAUUAUUUGUCACCGCCUGAAAGUUUGGGUCAUAUUGCGCAAGAUCCUAUUCAUGCGAUACUCUACAUAUGCUUCAUGUUGGGUUCCUGCGCAUUUUUCUCCAAGACCUGGAUUGACGUUUCGGGAUCUUCUGCGAAAGACGUUGCGAAGCAGUUGAAAGAUCAGCAAAUGGUGAUGCGUGGGCAUCGAGAAAAGUCGAUGAUCCACGAGCUGAACCGAUACAUUCCCACAGCAGCAGCAUUCGGCGGAUUGUGCAUCGGCGCACUAUCAGUUUUAGCCGACUUCAUGGGAGCGAUCGGCUCUGGCACCGGUAUUCUCUUGGCCGUUACCAUUAUCUACCAAUACUUUGAAAUCUUUGUGAAGGAGCAGUCAGAACUGAGUGGCAUGUCCCGUGCGGUUGCGCUUCGCCGUGUAGAUGAGUGGCGAUGUCAUCAUUCGCUUUACAUCGUAGCUUUUUCUGAGGGGUUCCGCUACCUGGAAAAGCACUACCACGGCAACGUCAACCGUCAAGUCGCAAUGAAUUCUUACGGCGGAUUUUCGGUCGGGCAGAAAGUGUUGGUGUCUCGGGAAGACGGCCGAUUGUAUUUCGGAACCUUGGACAAGAUCGAUCUUGUUGAACACAAAGCGUGUGUAUUAUUUCCGGACAACACUUCUCGUUGGUCUCGCAUCUCGCACGUGAGGCAUUUGAACCAUGAAGCCGACAGCAAUCGUUCCCAGCGGAAUUCCAGUAGCCAGUCUCCCGGUCUCCCUGUUCCGUCCAAUGGAUGCUCGAAGAAUCAAAAACAUCCCUUUUAUGAUCCCGCUACCUUGACGUGGGAUUCUGGCCAUCUUAAAAAUGAGCAGGAUUGCUAUUGUUACUGCCGAGGACCAGGAAACUGGCAUAAGCGAAUGCUGCAGUGUAGGCGAUGUUUGCAGUGGUUUCAUGAGAUGUGCCUCGUUUCAAGCCCAGGUGAUCUUUUGCUCGCUGACCGGUGGUACUUGUUCGUGUGCGAGUGGUGCAAUCGUGGAGCUGAAUUCAUCGCUAGAAUUGGUUUCACGAUGGACGAAUUAGUGCAUCUUGUGUUGUACCAGUUGUCCCAAGUUUGUGGAGAUCGUCGCCAAACCGGGUUUACCGUCAGCGAAAUCCUGCCUCUCCUCGGAACCAUGGAAAGCUUCGUAUUCCCGGAGAAGGAUAAGAUGUCUUUCCACAACAACAAGCGUCGCAUGAUAGCAACGACUCUGGCGAAGAAUCCGAUGAAAUAUCGCAAAGCAGAGAAUCCGAGUGCAGAAGACAGUUGGUCGCUCAAAAGCAAAUUCUACGUUCCCCUUGGCCCUCCUCCACUUCGCAUCCCAGAGAGCAUAAAAGACAUCAAUUGGAAAACUCUCGACUUUGCUGCCCGCACCGAUCCGACUGCCGUGGAUUUGAAGCAAAUCAUGGAUCAUUUGUUUCCAAUCCCGGUCCCGUCGGAGGAAACAGGGUUGUCGGAAGAAAGUAGUGGUGCAGGAGUGAUAUGCAGUAAAUCGCGGGAAAUUGUGAGAGCGAAGAGUGUUCGGACGACGAAAGUGGAUGAAGAGGCGGCGGCGGCGACGGUAGUUGCGGCAGAGGAAACCGGAAAGUCUUCGAGGAUGUCGUUGAGACAACGAGUCUCAGAACCGGUGGUGAACGGAGUUGAAGCGACCAAGCGUCGGAUCUCCUUCGAUCGCAGCGAAUCCGUCGAUGAAGACUCUCGCAGCUCUUUGUGUGAUGACGAUUCCGUAUCGUCCGUUGGCAAAGACGAGCGAGCUGCCAAAAAGAAGACCGCCGACAGCUCUAAAUCAUUGACCGCCGCCGCCUCAUCGUCGGCAACAGCAGCAGACGGCAGCGUGAUGAAAAAGUCGGUCAACUGCAAACUCGCGUCGCAGUUUGCCGGCAAACGAGAACCAAAGCAACUCUCCAAGCGAGAACAGGUGAAGGAGGAGCCCAAAGUCCGCGUCCUGAAGAAGGGCAAAUUUGUGCAAAAGUCGGAUCCGCUUCAGGACUGCGUCUCUGCCAAAUUAGCCGCCAUUCAGGCCUUGUCUCAUCAUCAUCGUCAGGAGUCGGCGUCGUCGUUGGCGUUGUUGUCGUCUGACGACGACGACGACGACGGAGUGUUGCGGGACGUGUUCCCCAGUGACGUUGUGCCAAAGCAAGAGUGCGAGGAUUCCUGGGUCGCCGGGACGCCGGUGUUCGGGAAGAGGAUUUCCAAGACCACUGGGCAGGUAUUUUACUUGGUGCCUGAUACGGCGGCCAAGUUCUGACAUUCGCACCGGCCCGGUAUUUUGAGCCGAGGACUCAGGAUCUCUGUGAUGCUUAUUGAUCAUUGCAUUUGCCUAUUUUUAAUUUACCGGUCGAGCGGGCGAGAAAAAAAAAACAAUAUUCCGUCGUUUUUCGUUGUUGUCGGUGGUCGUGUGUAGAUGGCAGUUUUUUUUUUCUUC